UUGGUCGGACGGCGUACCCCGCGCCGCGGGUGUCCUCCCAACAAAGCAUAUUCCUCAUUCUAGCCAAAAUUUGAAACACUUCUUGUCUGGUUUGUGGCACCUCGCAAACUGAUAUCUGUUGGAGUUCUGUACUGUCUGGAACUACAAUACCAGCGCAUCCGCUCAUGGCUACCAACAAUGUGGAAACCGAUGACCCCGGUCCAAGCUCCGUGGAAAGGCCUACUACCGCCCAGCACAGAGGGACUCUGGAGGAUUUCUACAACAACGGCCUCACACACUACGGUUCGAAGGAGAACAAACAGAAGGUUGAGGCCAUUGUCCAGCUUACUGGUCUUAAAAGGCUCCAGGUGAAGCGAUGGAUUGACAACAGGAACAGGAAGGGCAAGCCAAGGUCUGCACCGAAGAAAGCUGUCAAUCUAUUUGGAAGGGGGAAGUCCGGCUAUGGAGGUUUCAAGUCAAAGUACAUGAAAGGCAAGGCAGGCCCUUCAACGUUGGCAGAUGCCAACCGUGCUUGGUCAAGACUCACUGCAGAGGAGAAGAAGACGUACAGUGAAAAGGCCAAGCAGCACGUGCGGCCAACAGUAGCUGACCUGUCUGAGGACUCAAAACAGGCAACAGUCAGAAAGCUCAUCCAGGAGAUGGAGGGUGUUGUCUCAAAACUGAAGUCCUUCGGAUGCGAGCUGUUCUGUAAGGUGACGAGACACGGGGAGGUGUGGACUGCCAGCACAUCCAAGGCAGAGGCCUUUCUGAAUGACAAGGUUCCUCAAGUGGACACCCAGUUCUGCUUGGCCAUGAGUGGACCUUCCACUUGUAUGUCAAGCAAGGCCAGUAAAAAAGAUGAAGCGAAGGGUCUGAGGAAGGAGGCACAGGCCAUGUUAAAUGCCAUAUCUAGUUCACAUCCAGAACUGAAGUCUAAAUUCCCCUACAAGCUACUGGAAGAGGGCAAGGUGGUGGUGGAGGGGCUGCCGGAAGACUUCAAAUUCAGGAAGCCUUCAGACAUGGGGGUAGAUGACCUUAAAGUCCUGUUGAACUACAGGAACAGCCUUGUUAUUCAUGUCCAACCUGAGAGCACCAUGUUGUCUUCCAGCAGCACAGAUGCAAGCGUAGCAGGACCCAGCAGAGUGAGCCCCAUGCUGAUGGAGACAGGAACUGGUGUACCUGAGGUGGUGGAGGAGACAACUAUUCCUGAAGGUACUGAAUGCAUGCAGCAGUUGCAGUCAAUACAAGCUGGCAUUGAAGAGGCACCCCCAACAGAAGUGGAACUGAUCUCUUCCCAGGAAAAGGAGACAGAAAGGCAGCGGGAAAGGAAGAAAGGAAGAGGGAAGGCUAAAGGGAAGGGAAAGCGGAAGAGGGAAGAAGAGGGACCAUAUUUUGUGGAAAAACUUGUGGGAAAGAGAAUGCAGGGGGGAGAGGUCCAGUACCACGUCAAAUGGCAGGGGUGGCCAGACAGUGCCAACACAUGGGAACCAACAUCCAACAUCCACCCGGACACCAUUGAGAUCUUUUAUCCCAGUAAUUAAUAACUUAAUUAUGUAUGCAUGUAUUGCCCAAUGAAUGCAGUGGAAAAUGAAACACAUUUGGAUGGCCAGUGUCCAGACACUGUAAGACCGACAGAAACAAAUUAUUCCAGACAGUUACCACAAUUUCUCCAUCUUUUCAUCAUUUAGAAGAUCACCA